AUGACGGGCGAGCCACUGACCUGCUGGCCUUCGGCGGAGGUCCAGGGGGCGCCGGUGAAGUUCCUCAAGAGGCGUUUGGCCCAGGAGAUCUCUGUGAACCGAUUUCGCCAGAGAUGGCUGAGUGAUGAUCACACUGAAUUGCAUGACGACGAUCAGCUCUCUUCGACAGAAGUGCAGGUGGUCAUUCUGGACUUUGCACCGUCUUCAGAUGGGCAAGCUCAACAACUGAUUGCGGCAGCUGCUUCUCCCGAUGCUGAGCGCCUGGAGUCUUUGCUGCGUUGGCCUUUGAACCCGGAGGCGGCGGAGAAACCAGGAAGAACCGCCUUGCGAAAGCUGAUGCGGAAACUCUUGGCUGCAGAUACCACAGGGGAUGAUGAUGAGAACAACUGGUACUUUGGCCCCGUCAUACGAAAUGACGAGGGAUUGGCAUGCCUGAGUUUGCUGCUGGAAGCUGGCGCAAAAACUGGCCUGGAAGAGGCCAAUGAAGAAGGCUUCACGGCACUACAUGUCGCAGCCUAUGAGGGAGAUUUGGAGCUUGUGGGGCAGCUGCUGGAGGCUGGCGCCGACCAAGACAAGGCCACGAACGUGGGUACAACAGCUUUGCACAGCGCCACCCGUGGUGGUCAUGCCGAAGUGGUACGCUUCUUGCUGGAGGCAGGUGCGAAGCCCAACAAGUGGUCAUACUAUGAAGGGACUGCUUUGCAUGUGGCCACCGAACAUGCGGAUUUGAAGCUCUUGGAGCUCCUACUGGCCCAUGGCGCCGACGCCAACAUCGUCAACUCCAUGUCCGAGACGCCCUUGCACCUGGCCGCUCGCGCCGGCCGAAAAGUGGUGGUGCGACGUCUGCUGGAGGCCAAAGCGGACGCUGACAAGGCCACCAGCGAGGGGCUCACUGCCUUGGAUUUCGCCAUUCAACAGGGACACCAGGAAGUGGUGCAGCUUUGGCCACGCAAAGGAAUGGUCCACGAGCCUUGGGCGCCGGAGGUUUUCGGUGGUGCACGGGGCUCCGGACUGGUCCGUGGAUUGUCUCCGACUGCUCUUGUGCGCGUGUCAAAGAAUCUGCGGCACAGGGGCGACACGAGGCUCGGAACGUGGGGCUCUUUGGCCCCGUGGCGGCAACGCUGCUUGGACUUGCAGAAUCCCAAUGGCCACUUCAUCCAACGCCUGGGCGGUGCCUCCCCACCGGAGGUCCAGCUCCUACGCCAGGCGAUGCGCGAUCAGGGCCUGAUGGCGCUCUUUCGCCCCCCGUUGCUGCAUUGCGCCCCGCCACUGGUCAUCCAGGCGAGACGCGGAGCGCACUGCGGCGAACUGCGUUCACUGAGAUGCGCGGUGUUGUUGGUGUGGCGCGACCCGACGAGUAGAGCGAUUUUUUUGGCAUAUAAUUUGGGGUGGUGCUACUUAGAAUCUGUUCCUAUGGUCCUAUUUGUUUUUAGAGUAAUUUGGUCAGAUUUACGAUGCCAGUCCGCAUCCCUUCUUUGGGAGUUUAAACAUUUAAAUUUCAUGAGGUGUACCAGGAUCAUCCGAUGGGCAUCCAAUAGACUGCCGUACACUACUUGGGGAUCUCGAGUGGACACCCCUUGUAAUGAUUAUCUCGAUUUUUCAGGUAGUCAAAUCGUUUAA